GGUUAAUAAUCGAAAGCGAGAUUACCUUUUCCGCAAAACGUUUGCGAACUCGAGCCUCGACACCCUUUAAAAUCUACUGAACUUUUGAUCGAGUAUAUGAUUCAAGAUGGCAAUGCAGCAAAUUAUUCUCCUGAUCACUACAUUGCUUUUCUGCGCAGAAAAGGGUAAGUCUGUAUCAAGUAAACAAUGAAUAGACUUUUAAUAUCGGCAACGUAGUCUUUUUUAAACGCGUCAGUAACAAAAAGUGCUCAUAAAAACAACUUGCCUAAGCGACUAAAAAAUAAAAGAUUAACUAGUUCAAUGACAGAGUUCUUUUGGACUCGAUAAGUUUUUACUCAGUUUUCAUUCAUAGGCCAUGAGAAUCAGUGUAGUUUUAGGUCUUUCCACUGAUGCUAGCGAGAAAAAAAUGAACAAAUGUCUUAACGCCACUAACGAUUGAACAACAGGUAGUAAGUCGUCAUUCAAAGCAAAGACUCAAUAAAGAGUAAAUAGUCAAAGUUUCUCAGUUUUUCUCGCCGAAAACUAUGCUAAAUUAGAGUUUCCAAGUUAUGAAUAUGGUCAUUUCUUAUUUUUUCCAGUCUGAUGGUUUUCUUUUCGUGCGUAGAAGCAACAACGAUUUUACAAACACUUCAAAACAACUCUUGCUUAACAUAAUAAAAUGUUUUCCAAAUUCACUAGAACAUCGCCAUUUUUUAAAACAGCAUUCUUAGAACUGACUUGCCGAUUAACGGUCUCUUUAUACAAAGCAAAGACCAUUAUUCAUCACGCAAUGAACGUUAUUCUAACUCAGUGUACAUCGUCUGCAUAGCUAUGUCACUUUUCCUUCACCACUGUUAUGUAACUUCACGCACGAUUUAGGUCUGAAACCGCGGAAUGUAUAGACAGUAUACACUAGACCUCAUUUCGCUUUGUAGUUUUCCCGCCUACCUUCCUUUAACAACUGCUGACAGAGAUUAAUUAAACCUCAACAAGCACUAUUUUAACCAAAGGAACAGUGGCCUUUUUCCUCGGUUUCUCAGAAAUAAAGGGUUUUUUCGUAGAGUACAGCAAUAUACCCUUUCAAUAAUAUCUUUAGUCAAAAGAUUUUUUUUUGUCAUUGGGAAAGUUCAAGAGACAAUAUUGGUGCCGGAAUUAGCUCCCGCUUCUGUGAAAUUUAAUGACCCAUAGCGCGAACAAAAUCGAAAGAGAAAAGCUGGCCACUGUACCUUUUGGUGACAUGCUUGAAAUAGACCGGAGAUUUGGAAACAUUUUUGUCUAGUAUCACCAUAUUCUCUUAGAAAAAUUAUAUGAUUAACAACAAAAUAACAAAAAACAUUGGAAUUUUAUUUAAGCUUAGACAUUAUGUGCCUAUAAGUACACUCAAACAACUGUAUUAUACUCUCAUAUAUCCUUAUCUAACGUAUGGAUUAAUGAGCUGGGGUACCGCAUACCAAACUAAGUUAAAUAAAAUCAAAGUAAGUCAAAAUAACUGUAUUCGCUGCAUCUUCUUUGCAAAUAAAAGAGAAAGUCCCACACCGUACUUUACACUAUUAGAAAUCUUAACGUUAGAGAAUAUCUUUAAAUUAAAAAUUGGCGCUCUUGGGCAUAAAAUUCAAUAUCAAAAAAAGGAUACACCUCCUGCCCUCUAUGACUUAGUUCAACCGGCUUCAGCUGUCCAUAAUUAUAAUACUAGGUAUGCCACUAAUCAAAACCUGUGCAGACCGUUUUCCAGAACUAAUUAUGGCCCAGCAAGGUUUAGUGUAGUGGCAUCACAGACCUGGGAAGCUACACCAACGAAAAUUAAGUGUCUCCCCUUGAACAGUUUUAAAAAAGAAUAUAAACUCUUUCUACUUGACAGUCAGGCAUCUUGAACAACUCUAAUCUGUUACUUAGUUCUAUUUAUAUAAUUAUUUAAUUUAAAUAGUUUUUUUUACUAGUACUGUAUAACCUCCACCCACUUGUAACUGCUCUGUGGUAGUAUCCAACUCGAAAGCUUGGCUCCUUUGGCUGCUACACACUCUUUUCCUUUUUUAUGUUUAAUUCAAUGUAUAGUUAGCUCUGUUUUUUACUAUUUCCUUUUUUUUCCUUAUUGUUGUAUUGUGAUUGAAUAAGUGUGAACAACUGAACUUGAACUUGAACUUGAACUAGUAUCAUAGUAUCAGCCUACAUAUCUGAGCACUCCAAAGGGGAUAAAAAUAGAUCAAUAAAAGCUACGAUAAAUAAGGUAAACCAGCGCACUUUUUUUCAAUCCACCCGACGUUUUGUUUGCCAAGCAAAAUACAAUCAGAAGCAACUCUCACAAUUUUUUAGAAAAUGCUUAUAUAACGAUUAUUAGACUAAAAUUAGACUACAAGGCGGUCUGAAAUCAGUGUUACGAAAAGCAAAGAACUUAUAAGCAAUUCAAUAGUAGGUAGUUUCACAUAAAAACCAUUUCUCCUUCACUGGGGACAUCCACAUUUGAAGAAGGCUGUAGUUUUAGAAUGAACACAUUCUCCUUGAUUCUACAACGACAGUCCGAUAUAAUUAAAGGGACAGGUUCACGCUUCAGCGAAUGCUCGUCCGCCAUUUCUGAAUUAAGAAUAAUUCUUUCCCGCAGAACUAUGAAUUUCGCGUCUCUAGUUUUCGCGGGAUUUAAACCUCGAACGAUUGAUUGGGAAGAUUAGAACCAACAAGACUAAUUUUAACAUACUAAAUAUCAUUCUUGACAACGAGGCUUGAGGUAAUAUAACAGAAAACAUAUAUUGAUUAGUACCGGCUAACCAACGUAGAACAUUCUCCUACAGGUUUUGCCUUUAAAUGUCUCCAGUGCAGUGGUAACAUGGAGGAAUGUAACAGCAUGAGCGCUAAAAACGUGUCUUGCGCAAUAGGCCAGAACAGAUGCUUGAAAGUGAUGAUGAGUAAAGACGGCAAAGAAUCUGGUUUAUAUGGGUGCGCAUCUGAACGGGACUGCAUGACGGCUAUGAAAUCUUGUGAAGCGGUUGAGAAAAACAACGCCAGGGCAAAGUGUAUGUCCCAAUGCUGCAACACAACGUCUUGCAAUACACCUCCAGCAGAAGGUAUGGUGACUCUCUUUGUUAUAACAUUCAAACUGAAUUUUAUUUUUGUUAAUCCGGCACACUAUAGGAUCUUCUCCAGGAUGACCGGUGGGAUGGGUAGUAGGGUACAAUUUCGUUAGCCCUUACCCUUUACAUGUUGGUAAGUCACAUGGCACGAGAACAGCAACCUGGAGAAUUUUCAACAUUGUGAGUCUUUUGUAUCCGUUUGAAUGGGCUCGAAAGUUUUAACUCAUUUGAACCUCAGCGAAACAACCUCAUCCAGACUCGUCCAACAAGCACUUUGCUUUCUUUCACUAACUUCGUUUCUUGCUGAUUUUGUAUCAGGUGACUAUCACAGCAAAUUUCAAAAUUUAUAAGAGUGCCAUAGUGUGUUACAGCCACAAGGGAGCCUCGCUUUGCGUCUCUUUGAGGACCGUAGUCUCUGGAGGCUGCACUUUUUCCGGAAAUUAAACACUAAAACUCCACAAUGUCUUGUACUUUGUUGACAGCUGAUUAUAUUUUUAAAGGUGGUUGGGAUAUGAUUGUGCUGGUUAGUGUGGUCCUUAAUAGGACUAUUGUUGACAGAGAUUGACUUAUCGACAAACCGUGUGCGGUAUGUCAUCUUCAGAGUAAAAACUGAUAGUAUACUUCAUUUAUAAUAACUUUCAGAUGACAAGUUGAAGUGCUUUAUGUGUCAAAGCACAACUUCCAUGGACGACUGCGAGCAAAACAGUUAUCCUGGAAGCUGCGCAGAUGAACAAAACAAGUGUGGCAAGUUUACCACCGAACUGAUGAUACAAGGAAAGAAGGUCAUGCUGUACCGAAAGGGAUGCCAAACCGAAAUGACCUGUAAAAAGGAAAAUGAUUUGUACGGCCAGGCCUGUGGGUCUGACGACACCUGCGAUUUUAAGUGCUGUGAAGGAGAUUUGUGUAAUGCUGGCUCAUUUGCUUUUGUCAGCGUUGUCUCCCUCUUCACAUGCACCUUGCUGUCUUUUCUUUACAACUAGGACAAUUCUGUAUGGUAGCACCAACGGUUAUGUGAUAGCUGCAGGAUAUUUACAGGCAAUCGUACGAAAGAAUAAUCCAACUCAGCACAUUUGUAUAGUAGUUAAGAAACAUGUUUUUGCUGAAGAAAUUACUGAAAGAAAUGUAGGUUUAGCUACAGAAAAAAGCACCACUUAAUGGCUGGUAAACGUUUUCUAGAUGCUUAUUUUCUUCGUAAUUUUUGUUAAGCUAUCCGCAAAAACGAGUACAAAAAGUAAAGCAAAAUUAACUACAUUAGCGUAGAUUUUACAGCUAUUUUAGCUUUUAAGUCUUAGAUGUCAAAUAAAGCUAGUCAUUCUGAAUAUGUCGGGAUGCCUUUCAAGAAGCAAAGUAAAUCCAGGGGGGUAGGCUCGCCCAGUAGACCCAGGGGGAGGGCCCGGAUCCCCUCCUCUCCACCCAUAAGGCUAUAGGAAAUUAUUUCAUAGAUUAACUCGUUGGUUUUUACUUCUGGAAGUGCGUCUACUAAGAUCUACGAAGUAAUGUUUGAGGAAAACCAUCUCUUUUUCUUGAAGUAAAAGUAGAAAAUCUUUGCUGGUUUAUUCAUUUUGUUAAAAUUCAGAAUUUUUGUUCCAAUUGUGAUCAAUAAAUUCUUG